GAAGAAUGACGACAAUGUCAAAUCUUCCAGAGGAAUUGGUAAGGGAGAUACUCUCUAGAGUUCCAUUGACAUCUCUGAGAAAACUGCGAUGUACUUGUAGAACGUGGAACGCUUUAUCCAAAACUCAGGUUUUUGGUAAAGAAGCAGCAAGGAAUCAGUUUCUAGGGUUCACGGUGAUUAAUGGUAGGGUUUGUUCUUUGAGACUUGGUUUCCAAGGAAUCCAUAACGAAGGAGACUUGGUUCAUAAAUCUACAAAGAAAAUAAGUAAACUUGAUCAUACUAAUAUCGAGAAAGUUUUCCACAGUGAUGGCUUAUUGUUAUGCGUCCGAAACAGAAGUAACUUCGUGGUGUGGAACCCGUACCUGGGGCAAACCAGAUGUAUUCCACCCGCCAGUAGUGAUUUCAGAUUUUAUGACAUGUUUUGUUUCGGAUACGACAAGAACAACCGUAACCACAAAAUCUUAAGGUUUUGCUACGAUAAUGAUGAAUCCCUUUUCUGUUUCGAAUGGUUCGAUUUUAAGACUAGUUCUUGGAGGGUUCUUGAUAUCGAACCAGACGUUGAUCUAGAUGUUUACCGAAGUGGGGUGUCUUUGAAGGGAAACACUUACUUUGUUGCUCAAACUAACAGACCAGGGGGUUGUAGACGUUUUACUCUGUUUCGAUUUUACAACAGAGAGGUUUUGGCGGCCUCUGCCGUUUCACUAUGAUGCUGUAGAACACGUGGUUCUGUCUUGUGUUAGAGAAGAGAAGCUCGCUGUGUUAUAUCAAAUAGAGAAUACAAUGGAGAUUUGGAUUACAACUAAGAUUGAGUACGAUGAUGUAUCCUGGAGCAAAUUUUUGGAAGUGGAGAUGACACCGCUCAAUGGUUUUGAUUAUGACUUUGAUACUGAAACUGAGAGCUUCUUCAUCGACGAGGACAAGAAAUUCGCUGUUGUUUGGUGCAACUAGAAAUCAACCAACGGAGCAAGAGGAAACCCAAAGAUUGCUUUUAUCAAAAGAAACGAAAGAAACUGAGAGCUUCUUCAUUGACGAGGAGAAGAAAGUCGCUGUGGUUUAUAUUGUAUUCGAAGAGAUAAACCAAUCAAGGGCGAGACCUAUUGCUAUCAAACCGCUCACAUCAUUGGGCAAGAUGGAUACCUCAAAUCUGUGAGUGUCGCAGAAGCUCCGGAGUGUGGACUUGAUGAACUAUUUGUGAUCUUUUCUUAUGUUCUAAGUUUAGUGCAACUAGGAAUCAACCAAUGUUGCAAGAGGGAACACAAAGAUUGCUUUUAUCAAAAGAAAAUAAAAGAACGAAACUAUUAAAUUUAGUUAAUUAUGUAGUUUCUAUUGAUUUUCAUGUCGUUUUGAACAUAACUAUUGAUGGUCUUGAGUUUUGCUAUGUUCAAUCUCAUCUAAUAAAGAAUUGUUUUUAGACUCUUUUGUAUUGUUCCUCUGUAGAAGUUGAAUACAGAAGUUUUUGGCUUCCUUCGAAAUAGUUUGGUGAAAAUAGUUAACACUUAAUGAACUGAGAAUAUCUCCUGCUGAGACUCCAGUUCAAUUUUAGGGAUAAUACAACAGCAAUUUACAUUGCAACAAAUCAUGUAGUCCAUGAGAUUGCCACUUUGUUCGUGAACAGCUAGACAAGGGAUUCUCAAAACACUACACGUUUGAAUUAAAGAUCAAGUGGCGGACAUACUAAACAUUUGUUUCCUCAUCAAUUUGAACAUUUAAAAUCUACGAUGAACCGACAUAACGUUUUGGGAAAGCUCGUCUUGAGGGAGAGACUAGUGGAGUGCAGUUGGUUGAAGUCUGGUUAGAUCGGUUCUUAGAUGACUCUCUUAUGCUUAGGCACAGUAUAAAUAUUUUUUUGUGCACAAAAAUUUCAUUAAUUGAAGCCUAACGCGCUUCAAUUACAACUGGAAAUAUGCUCGACGGUAAGAUAGACAACAAUAACAAUAAUACAAUAAAACAUAGAAGUGUUAAAGAGAGACUUUCUCGAAAUAAAGAAAUCCGCGGAUAAUCUUAACUUAAAUCCUUGAAACCACCGUUCAAAAAAGCUUCAAUCAGUGUAAAGCGACGUUGAAAUAUCCUAGUGAACGGAGUUGGCAGAGGGGUGAAAAGCCGACUGAAGCUAAAGAACCCAUCAAACGAAUGAGACCAGCUCUAAAACCGACUAUGUUGACCCGAGAAACUAGGUAAAUCUCAAGUAAUUCUGAAAGCAAAAAGAUCAGUAAACAAAAUUGUGAGGCAAUAUAAAUAUUUACUAAAUAAUCAAAUCGAAUUUGUGCGGCUUUCAUCUCUUAAAUAAUAUAGAUUGUUAUAUAAUUUGUUUACAAUAGUUGUUUUGUAUUUUAUAUUGGGGGAAUUGGAAAAAUAGGACACUUUGAAUUUUUGUUUGUCACAAUAAGACUUCUCAUAUUUUUAGCAAUUCUGGACAUGUUUUUACCCUUCUUUAAUGGGAAAAAUAGUAAAUUAAAUUUUAAAAAUGUAAAAAAAAAUAUGAAAACUGUUGGAAACAUAAGUAUGAUAAUAUAUAUGUUUAAACUUUUUUUAAAAAAAAUUGGAAUCAUAUUUUAUUUUAUCUUCUAACUAUAGUUAGAAUACUCAUUCUGGCAAUCUACCUAGUUUAUAUGUCUGAUUCUAAGUUUUAAACAUAGAUAUAUCAAGGGUAUAUGCCGUAAACUAACAUUUCUUGUAUAUUCUAGCAAAGAUAGAAUCAGUUACGUUAUAAUCAAGAAAAAUGUAUUCGGUCUACCUACAGCUUGAUAACGAUAUAUAGCCACAACUCAAUGAUAUAAGUUGGUUAUAUUACGUGACAUAACUUGUUAUGCCUUUUACCUUAUAUGACGCAUACAGGAAGAAUACAUUUCUCACCUAAUAUACGGUGUUAUGCUUAAGUAGUGUACAUAUUCUAGGCAAAUCGUGAAAAUAUGGAAACUUCCAUAUUCGGUUAAAGAAGUUUCCUAAAUCUAAACUAAAUCUACCCUAAAUCUCUCAAAAUAUAUUUGAGAAUAUUUUCUUCACGUUCUUCUCCUCCUCCUCCUCCUCCUCCGAUUUUUUUCUCUUCAUUUGUGUUUCUCUCUUCUUCAUCCACAAAGUCAUCUCUUCUCUCUAUCAAUACAACAUGGUUCUAAUCUAUGUUAAAUCUGGUGAAUGGGUGUCUAGUUGCAGUGAAGAGUGGAGUUUCUUGGUAGACAAAGCAAGGCGUGGUCGAAGGUAACAUUAGAAACUACUACUCCAUUGGAGAAGCUCAAGAGGAUCGUGUGUAAGGAUUAUGGGGUGGACCAUAAUGUUCUUAAUACCGAGUUCAGUUAUUCGAUAGUGAAUCAAAGAGGGAAUCCUCCAAUUAUUAUCACCAAUGAUCGGAAAACAUCUAAUUGUCAAAGCUGUUCCUAAGUGUUGAUACAAAACCACUCACGGGUUUUCCGUUUCAUUAUUCCGGUGAGAGUUUCUUCGUUGACGAGGAGGAUGAGGUGGCAGUGGUUCUUGAUGAAGCCAGAGAUGAGGUUGGCCCCAUUACUCGCCGCAUUGCUUGCAUCAUUGAUAGAAAUGGACCCUUCAAACAAGUGGAUCUCGGAGGACUCGUAGAUCCUUCUCUUAACCUCCCCGGAUGUAGUAGCCCACCUGUGUUUGUGUGCUCUUAUGUUCCUAGCUCUGUUGAAAUCAUGUAAACUUCCCAUCACUAAGGCAAAUAGAGUAUCAGUUAAAUCUGCUGUUGUCCUUUUUUCUAUCAGUUAUCUUGUCUCUGAACAUGGCCUAUGCUUUCUUCACUUUUGUUCAAUCUUAUUUUAUAUUUCCAAUCAAAAUACUUUUGUGUUGUGAUCUUGUAUGUAUGGCUUCCUCCACCAUGUAUUUGAGAACACUAUGAUGAAACAGUGGAGAUAGUAGUGAAAGAGCGCAUUGAGAUUGGUAAAGAAAGUGAUGAAGUUGCUUUGUCUACCACGAAAGAAAAGAAGAAGCAUCGCCAAGGAUGCUCUAUGUCUCUUCUUUAACCUCUAAUAACUAAUAACACAAAUACAUAUCAAUGUUUUCAGCUUCAACAACCAAGAAUGUGAUAUUAAUUAAUACAUAUGCAACUAAAGAUCGAGUAUGAGUACAUUGUAAAGGUGGGGUUUGAAGCUGCAUUAAAGUAAUAAACCAUAGAAGGAAGAAGAAAACAAAACUUUGACAUAAUCCCAGAUUCUCUAAAACCUAGUAGAAACCUGUUUGAAAAGACUGAAACACAAACCACCAAGUGAUUCAGCAAUACUGGCUGCAUCAUUCGGGUUUCUUGGUUCCUGUGAUCUUUAGAGCAUCUUCGUCCACCAACACUUGCAGCUCUUCCUUAGCCAUCUCACGCACUUGAACAUCUUGAGUCUCUAAGAAAGCAGAUAAUAUCC